AUGAAGGCUUGCUAUGAUGGCAAUAAGACCAUUUAUGUGCUUGGCAAAUCCGUGCCAACCAUCUUCGAUCCAUACCAUCACAAUGAUUUAAUACAAAUCGACAUUGAUACACUCGAAGUCACCAAGGUUGGUCAACCUAACUUCUACAAUGAUAACUAUCCAGUAGAAUUGCACUACUUCAACACACAGAUCUUUGCUGUCAUUCCCAAACACACACAUUUGUGGACGAUCAACCCAUUCAAUGCCUAUGCCAGCCAGUCAUUCUCAUUGGCUGCACGGAUCAAUGCCGCCGAUCCAUCGUGCCAUGAUGGCAAGGGCAGGCUGUACUUUUACAGUGGAUCUGUCCUGUUUGAACUCAACUUGACAACAGUUAUCAGUCAAAAAGUUGGCGGUGAACACAAUCCACCAAAGCUGGAUACCAUGCUAUACUUUAGCCCAGACAAUGUUGCUCUGGUAGAUGGCAAAUGGUAUAGAAUUGAAGACAAUUAUUAUGGUUCAUGUUUGGUUACCAAACAUCAAUAA